CCCAAAACUGGAAACUCAUUCAGUCCCUUCUGAAUGGAGUGUCUUUAACAUGAGACUGGAGGACUUAACUUUCAGCAAAGAAAAUAUGAGAGCCCUGCAUUCGGUCCUCGUUGGUGCCUUCCUGACCCUGCUGCUCUGCCUCCCCAGCCCCGGUCAUGGAGAAUCCUACUUCGGGGAUAGCUUCUGCAGCUUACAAGCCUUCCAAGAUGUCUCCACCUUCCACCUGUCACUGCAGAUCAAAACGAGUCGGCGAAGUGGGCUGCUGUUCCUGGCUGCAGGGAUGGAGGACUACCUGUUCCUUGAACUCCAAAAUGGGAAAAUACAGGCAAGGAUGAACAUGGGAGCUGGUGAGAUAAUACUGUCUUCAUCUCAAGGAGUACAGCUGAACAACCUUCUGGACCACAAAGUCUUACUGACACUACAAGAUGACAAGCUGACCAUGAUCAUCGAUGAUCUGUUCCCAACAUAUGUUCCUGUGGACGAUGAUGGGGAACAGCUCAAUAUUGACCUGGGAAUUUGGAUUGGAGGAACAGGAGACCUGGAUGCUUCCUACCUCAGCACUGCCAUUCCCCCUUUCCGUGGCUGCAUGACUGAGGUCAAAUUUGAAUCCCAUCAGUUUGAUAUUCUUAGCUCAGCAUUUAAACAAUGCCAUGACACAAAGGAAUCCUGCAGUAGUGAGUUUGAGGCUGGAGAUGGGGAGGCAACUAGUUUCAUCAGUCCUGAUUCCUUUGUGUCCUUCCCCACCUGGAGCAGGGCUAGUGGUGCACCAAGGACCUUGGAAUUCCUAAUGAAAACCACCAUUGAGGAUGCUUUGCUUGUUUUCCACCCUGGCCGAGACUCAGAUUUUAUUGCAAUUGGUAUUAUGAAAGGCCAUCUCAAAGGUAUGCUGGACCUCGGAGGCGGUCCGGAGGUAUUGGAGAAUACCCAGGUGCAGCUGGAUGAUGAUCAAUGGCACAGAGUUAAGGUUCAGGUCAGUCAGGAUUCUUUUGUUCUUAAUGUGGACAGCCAGGCCUCUUCCCUGCCCCUUGACUCAUCACAGAAUCUGGACUUGGUUGGAAAUCUGUACUUAGGAGGAGUCCAGGGGAAAAUGAAGGAAGUCUUUCGUGACAGUGGGUCCUUAAACCAUGUAGAGGAGGACAUGACAGCUGAAUCCUUCAUUGGAUGCUUGGGAGAAGUCAAAGUAAAUCAGAAGGAUAGGAGCCUACAGGACGCUUUAGUGACUAAAGAUGUUCAUGUCAAAUGUGAAGGAGAGGACUAUGACUACUCGAGCUAUUAUGACGUAGACACAACUACAACUUCCCCACCUGUCCGCAUCCGAUAUGUCGAUAUCGACUUGAAUGAACAGCACUGCCACCCAACAGACGACAUGCCAGAGAUAUUCAGAAAUGUAACCAAACUUCUAGAUGUCACACCAUUGUUUGUGACAGAAGGUGGAGAAGCUUUUCUUGAUAUCAACAACUUAUAUCCUACAUUUGACCUCAGUGCUGCAGGAAUGCGUCAGUCUCAGAUAAUCUUUACUCUCCAGAAUGAUCCUUGGUAUGGCCUGAUUGAUAUGAACAUUAACACAAGGCGCACACAGAAAUUCACUCUUUUGGACGUUGUCAACAAGAAAAUCAAGUACAUGCAUGAUGGAAAUGAAAGACAUGCAGAUCAAAUCCAGCUGGAGGUUGUUGCUCACAGUAAUGGUUACCUUCCGGAAUGUUUAAAAACUCCUCACGAUUAUGUCCUCCCAGUUGAAAUUCUUCCCGUCAAUGAUAUACCACAACUUGGUGGAGGAGAAAUCACCAUCACAGAAAAUGGCCGGACUCGUUUGAGUCCCAGCCUCAUCAAGAUCAUGGAUUCUGACACCCGCUGUGAUGAAUUAGUAGUAACUGUAACCUCAGAGCCUUCCAUGGAUGCAGGUUACUUGGAAAAUGGUCAGCAACCAGGAAGAAGCAUUUCAGAGUUCACUUGCAGGGAGCUGAAAGAUGGACACAUUUAUUUUGUACACAGAGGGGCUGGUGCUGCCGAACUGACCUUGAAGGUGUCUGAUGGACAGUCGGUCAGCCAUUCAACUACUUUUAAGUUGUCUGUCGCACAGCCACAUAUUACUAUUGUCACCAACACUGGCCUUCUUUUGUCUCAAGGAAGCAAUGCGUCCAUAGGUGUUCAAAAUCUGGCUGUUCUUGCUCAUCCUCGUAAUGGAGAUAUAAUGUAUAACAUCACACAACCUCUGAUGUAUGGAGAAUUACAGGUUAUGACAAGUGAUGGAAUGUACAAGCAAGUUACUACUUUUCAUCAAUCUGAUCUGGAUCAAGAGCACCUUAGAUACUUCAGCACAGACUCAAGUGACCAGGAAGAUACCGUGGUAGAACGGAUUCAGUUCAAUACCCACCUGGGGCAGUUCACUCUCUGGAACAACACCUUUUUAGUGAAAAUCGUACCUGCCCAAGUAAAGGUUUCUAACCUUGUAGCACUGGAGAUGGAGGAUGGUGAAGAGCAAACAAUUGGACUCUCAGAGCUUCAGGCAGAAGUAAAAGGUAAAAACCCAGCUCCAGAAACUGUUAAGUACAUCCUCGUUAAGCCUCCAACACUUGGUAGUCUCCAGUUGUCAGACAAAGAGUUGGUUGAAGGUGAUAUUUUCACCCAGAAGGACAUUUUGGACAAUACUGUUAGCUACAGGGUCAGGUGGCGAAGAGCUGUGGAUAGCACAGACCAGUUUCAGUUCAGAGUAUUUGCUGAAGAUCAGUAUUCUCCUCUGUACACCUUCCCAAUUAACAUCCUCGCCAAUGCAGAUGCUUCUGUUUUGACCAUUGAGAGGCUGGAUGUCUUGCAGGGUGGUGAGGAAACUCUGAACAAGAACUACCUCUGGAUGCAGUCUCCAAGUUCUACAGAUUUUGUGUAUCGGGUCAUACAAGAGCCAAAGUUUGGGCGACUGAUAAGAGACUCCCCACCUGGAAUGCCUAGAUUUGAGGGAGCAAUCAGAGUUUUUAGUAAUGAAGAUCUCCAGCUUAACAGGCUUAUUUACAAGCAUGAUGGCUCCAAGACAAGCAGUGAUGAGUUCAGCUUCUCAGUCACUGAUCAAGGAGGAGAAGGUUCAGACAACCAGGAAACAAUGACUGGUGUUUUCAAAAUAUCUAUCCAGUCCAAGAACGAGCAUGCUCCUGUGAGGGUUGUGGACAGAGUUUUCAAUGUGGUCCGCCAUGGUCAGCGCCUGCUAACAACUGAUGUCAUUCAGUUCAAAGAUGAUGACUCAGGCUUCAAUGACUCUCAAAUUGUAUACGCACGAGAGGGAAUACUGUCAGGAAAUAUUGUUGCAACAUCUAAUCCAUCACAGCCCCUUUUCCGUUUUACACAAGCUGAUCUGAGAGAUAAGAACAUCCUGUUCAUUCACCAUGGAGCGGAUCGGGAACGAUUCUCACUCCAGGUGUCAGACGGCUUCCACAAGACCACAGCACUGCUUCAGAUCCAGGCAGGUGAGCCAUACCUUCGGGUGGUGAACAACACAAUCAUUGUCAUCGACCACGGAAGUACCAAGACCCUUAAUACCACCCUGUUGAGUGCUGACUCCAACAUGGACAUCAGAGAUGACAGUGAGAUCAAGUUCCAGGUUACGUCUCCACCCAGCGAUGGCAGGAUCAUUGUGAGUGGGAUUGAGGCUACAAAAUUCACCCAGGAGGACUUGAAGAAAGGAGUUGUGUCUUAUGAGCACAAUUAUGAGAGCCUGAGGUCCAAGGACUCCUUCAGCUUCACUGUCCAAGCAAGAGGACAUUCCGAAGAGGGUACAUUCAGGGUUAAAAUAUUUAAACAAGGUUACCUCUCUGAGCCUGAAGUCAUAACCAAGGAGAUCAUCAUUUCCUUUGACGGAGAGCACACCAUAAUCGACCAGGAUCAUCUCAAGGUGGACCAAGCUGAUAUUCUGCCCACAGAAAUGGUGUUCACAAUUAAACAACCUCCUCGACUUGGUCAUGUGGUCAAGCUGACAAACAGUUCAGACAGCACGGCCUCACCUGUCCUCGACUACAUUCACUCCUUCACCCAGGAAGACAUUGAUCAGGGGCGCAUUCUCUACGUGUCUGCAUCCAUCCAGGGCAGCGACGCCUUCACAGUGGACGUCAGUAAUGGUUUUACCACAGUGGAAGACCUGGACAUCACUGUGAACAUAGUUCCCCGGCUCAUCCCCAUCCAGACCUUCAACUUCACUGUGAGGGAGGGCUUCAGCAGAGUAAUUAAUACAGACAUUAUAAACAUCUCACAUCCCUUCUACAGCUCAGCAAACAUCGAAUUUGUUGUGGAAGAGUCACCACAACACGGCGACAUCCGCUACCAGGAUGGAGAUGAACUUUCUUACUUUACAUGGGAGGAGAUGAAAUCUGGACAGAUCUACUACAUGCAUGACAACACCGAGAGCACAGAGGACAGUUUUACACUCUCUGCCUCGGCUUAUGAGAUUGAGCGGCGGAGCCUCCCUGUCACCAUCUCAGUUACUGUCAUCCCACUGAACGACGAGCCCCCAAAACUCACCCGUAACACGGGACUGGAGGUUCUCGCCGGUGAGGAAGCUGACAUCACCGCCAGCAUGCUGAGCACUGAGGAUGCUGAUACCCCUGCAGAGGAACUGGUUUACCAAGUCGAAAUGCCAACCAAUGGGAUGGUGGCGUUGAAGGAGGCGCCAGAGGAGGAAAUCCUAAAUUUCACACAGGCUCACAUAAACAAAGGAGAGGUCAUCUUUAUUCAUGAGGGUGAAGAGUCUGGUGGUUUCAGUUUCACCGUGACAGACGGAGAACACACUUCUCCUCUCUACCAAUUUGUCGUCACUGCCAGACCUCUCACCAUCACCAUGGUAACGCAGGAGGAGCUCAUGGUAUUUCCAGGAACAAGGCAGCUCAUCACAAGUGCCAAUCUGGGGGCUGUAACCAAUGAGGAUGGAAAUGAGAUAAGCUACUCGCUUAUCCGCCCACCUCGUUUGGGAAGACUCAUCCUGGCCAACGACAGGAACCAGUUUGAGGAAAUUAGCCGAUUCUCCCAAACACAGCUGGAGUCAGGACUGGUCUACUACGAGCACCAGAUACCUGAGGAGCCGUUCUGGGUAGUGAGAGACUCCGUAGAGCUGACGCUGUCAUCCCAACCAGCUCCAGACGUCCGUCACAUCCUGCCCAUCACCAUCUCUUACUAUGCUGCUCACAGCAACAUCUCCUCACAGCUGUGGAAGAACAAAGGUCUGGAAAUUGUGCAGGGCCAGAGGAAAACCAUUGACAAUACAAUUCUUGAUGCCUCCAACCUUCUGGCUAGUCUGCCAGAAAUUCAGCGAGGUGAUGCGGAUGUAGUUUAUGAGAUUAAGCGUUUCCCUGAUCAUGGUCGUAUCACUCUGGAUGGUCAAGACCUGCCUCGUAAUGCCCCAUCCUUCAUGCAGGAAGACGUAACUCAAGGAAAGCUGGAGUAUCUCCAUGGUGACUCAGGAGCCUCCUUUGAUAGCUUCUCUUUCAGGGCCCGUCUAAAGGCUGAGGGUCGUGGUGCGCCCUCACCUGCUGAGUCUGUAGUGCUAGAGGAGGUCUUUAACAUCUUAAUCAAACGGCGAGGCUCCGAUCCCCCUGAACUAGUCACUAUAGAUAUGCUCCUAGAGGUUCUUCAAGGAUCCAUGACCAUUGUGACCCAGAAGCAUCUUAACACUCAAGAUGAAGACAGUCCACCAGAUGAGGUGCACUUCAAGGUCACCAAAGCACCUAGAAAUGGUCGACUGGUUGACUCGCUCACCAUGGAUCCCAUCUCUGAGUUCACACAAGAGAUGGUCAAUCGUGGGCAGGUGGGCUUCUACAGCGAUGACAGCCUUUCAGAUGGCUUUGUGGAAUUCAUCGUGUCUGAUGGAGAACACCAAACAGAACCGUACACACUACACAUCGGUGUCCUUGCUCGCACCCUGGUUCUGGACAAAGCUCCUGAGAUCAAGGUGAAGCAGGGUGACGACGAGACCCUGGUGACUGAAGAGAUGUUGAAGGCCACAACAGGGGGUCCUGUUGAGGAGGACAUCCUUUACAAAAUCACAAGUGUUCCUAAGUAUGCAGCUGUCAUGGUAGACCGGCAGCCUACGUCUGCCUUCACCCAGAAACUGAUCAAAGAAGGCCGCGUCAGUGUCCGCUUUGUCAAGUCCACUUCUCCUCGAGACAGCGUAGCAUUUGUAGCUCGCAGUCGGGCUGCUAAUGUCUCCUCUGUCCUCAACAUCACUGUUCAGCCUCUGGCCAACAUCGCUCAGGAUCCUCUCUUACCCCAGGGUGCCCUUGUCCAGCUGGAUCGAAAGCUUCUGGAUGCAACUCCACUGGCCAACAAGACCAGAACCUCACCUACAUUUACUGUCAUCCAGCAACCAAGAGGGGCUCGUUUUGUGAGGUCUGGAGGUCCUGGUGCAGGGCAGCCAUUGGACUCAUUCAGCCAGAGGGACCUGGAUGAGGGCCGUGUAGCUAUGGAGAUCCAAAAUAGCCCCUCUGGAUCACGUGGUGGUGCCACUCAGGAUGAGGCCCGCUUCUUACUCAAAGCCCAUGGUGUACCUCCUGCAGAAUGUGUCCUUCCCUUCCAGACCCACCCCUACAAUGCCUCUGGGGUUUACCCCGCCACCCUGCUGAGGAUUCCCUCAGACAGUAAUGACCUCCCUGGUGUGGCUGGGGUCCCUCGUGUUACUCCAGCUAGCCCCCGCUGGAGGAACGGUAUGGACUGGCCUAAUGGAAAUGCCCCCACCACAGCAUCCUCUGACGAUAACUCCCAUGGGAAAUCACGGCUUAGCCGGCGCAGCAACUUCUGGUCUAUCCUCAUCCCCAUCCUGGUAGUCCUCCUCCUCUUGCUACUGGCAGCCAUCUUGGCCUACUACCUGAUCCGUAAAAACAAGACAGGCAAGCACAAUGUCCAAACAGCAUCAUCCAAGCCCAAAAACGGAGAAGUGGCAAGCACAGAAACCUUCCGCAAGACUGACCCAGCCAAUAACAUCCCAAUGUCCAACAUGGACUCCAAAGAUGCAGACCCAGAGUUGUUGCAGCACUGUCGGACAACAAACCCGGCUUUGAAAAAGAACCAGUACUGGGUCUGAAAACACUUUGAGACAGGACACAGAAGGAGGUGGAUCCUCAAGUGUUUGAAAGCCUCCUCAAAUCAUCCCUCUCAGUAUUAAAGACCUCUUGCCACAGCAGUUUAAACUAAUUUUUUGAUGCCUUUGUUUAUUUACUUAUCUCAGCAUAACUGUGGACAGAUUCUCAGGCAAUGAAACACUGAAUACUUAUUGGCAAAGAAAGAGGCAGGUUCUUAUCUUAGGAGGCUUGUGCCAUGUCUAUUUAUUUUUGUAUCAUUCCUCUUUGUCAAAGGGCACAAAUACAGACAUAAACAUAUGAUGUGUUUGCAAAAAAGAAAAAGUAUUUUGGGUGUGCUCUGUUAUUGUAUUCCACAUGAUAUCAUAGGCCAAUAUUAUUCAUUUGAGUCGGUAGGUAAUUUAAAGUCUUGGUUAUAGUUUGAUUCAGUUUUUGGUUUGUGAGGAAAGUUGAUGAGGUUGUACAUAGGUGAAGAGGUGAAUAUAGUAUCCAGAAAAUGACAAACUGCCUCUUUGUGUUUUCUCUUUAUUUUUUGAUGUUUCAAAGGUACCAUUGUAUGUCGUUUCUCAGGGCUAAAUUCAGUUUAAAGGUGAACAUUUGCUUUCACAGUGAGAAAUAGGUAAGAAGGUUGGUACCGCUUUCAUCUCCGUGCAGCAAGUCCAACACUUAAACAUGAGGCGACACGGUAACCGAUUCGAUUGUUUUGAAGUAUUUUUUUCAUGAUCUCAUGGCUGUAAUUCCAUAUUGAACAGACAGAUAUGUGAGUGGUAUCAAUCUUCUCAUCCAACAACCCACAUAGUAGCGAAAAAACAUAUUUCCAAAAUGUAGAACUGUAAUUUUAACCUCAUUGUGAUAAAGUUUGACUUUUGAGUUAAAAGAAGAUGGUUGAAAACAGUUUGUAAUGAAACCUUGUUGCAACAACUUGCACAGGUUUGAUUGAAUUUAGCUCCGAGUCACGUCAUCAUCUAUCAUAUGUUAUUUUUUCUGCGUGCUUCCAAAGUGCUUGUAAAUAUUCACUGGACUGGCACAGCACUGACCGCAUAACUACACAGUACACAGUUAGUAGACCACAGGCAGGACGUUAUUUCAGUGGUAUUGGUCUUUAACACACACAUAAUGGCUGACAGGCAGCGGUGAGGUCAUCUCAAACUGGGAUGUUUUCAGUUUCUGAGUUUGCAAUUCAUAAAUUCAUAAAACCUGAUUGGUGCUUGGGUGGGAACAAGGAAUAAAAACGCUCCACCGCUUAGGUUAUGUAAAUAUCCAACAACAGUGUCAUUUUAAACGCAUGUUUAAAAAGACAACAAUGCAAAGUCUUCAAAGCUAUUUUUGAUUUUAAGCAUUCCACGUGUAAGCUGAAUAUACAAACUGUUAUAUGUUGAAGUCAUGAGAAUUUCUUUUAACUCUUUUGUUUAUUUUAUAUGUUCAAACUAAGAACAGUGUUACUGUAAAUCUUUAGGUGCCUUUCAUUGUCUGUGGCCUGUUUUCUGUUUUUGUUUAACGCUGAAUGAAGAACUUAAAAUGAAGCUAAAUGUGUACGUUGACACAUUCAGAUAACUUUUUUGAUCCACUAAGGAAAGAAAGAAAGACUCAAACAACUGAUUUUCUGAAAAAUGUUUGACUAUUUGCUGUACAUUUCUUUUUUUCAUACGGUAUACCAAUGACAGCUCAGUCUUUGCUAGUCAUAUAUUGAAUAUACGAUAAUGUCUUUGCAGUAUUCAUCCUCGAUUGAUCUUCUAUUUUUGUAGUGUUUUGGGAGCAGUAAAUAAUAUUUUGCAGAUAGCACAGCGCUCUGGAAGUGAUGUGUUUCAGGAGACUGUGUAUUUCCAGUGACAUUAUCUCUUACAGAUAGCCGACAUAAAAAUAUUGGUGCCUCCUCCAGGAUAUCACAUCCACAUCUUACCUGUUUUAUGUGUAAAUAUUGUGUUUUUGAGUAAGAUACUGAGGCCCGAUUGACAUUUCCAAAUACAUUGAGUAUAUACGUCAUGUUUUACAUUGCAGCUAUAUGUACAAGUAACUGCGUUUCAUUAGACUGAUCAGCUAUGAUGUGUGCGUGUGUGUCUGUGUGUGUGUUUGUGCAGGUGCCCGUCACUCUUUUGUUUUCUGCUUAGUGAAGGUUGAAUUCAUUGCAGAGAUUCAUCACCACCUCCUCUCAUUUUUCAUUAUUUAUUGUUUCUGUCACUCCCCUUACAUCAAUUCAUAUUCAAGUUAUGUCUAUUUUUUCAGAGAUGAAACUCGUCCGUAAACUGCUGGUGCCUUUAAAGUUAAUAGUUAUAUCCAAUGUUUAGUUUCUGGAACAAAGGAAAUGUCAUUUAAAGCUGCAGUAUGUCCCUGAGCUUGUUCUCAGCACUAAUUGAAAUAAAAUGUUCAUGCAACAAA